UGUCGGGUGUGUGUGUGGCUUACUUUCUUGAAUGUGAUUUGUGGGUGGUGUGUGGUGAUUGAGAGGUGAGUUCGCUGUUGUGUUACCGUUUCUAUUGGCGUUUCUAUAAUCACUUCUACGAGUAUGACCACCUACGACUACCAUCACUUAUUCUACUACGAUCACUCCUACCAGCUCCAUCACUUCUACGAACGUUCUGCGGCAGGUGAAUAAUCUUGACAAAAGAAGCCCUCUGCAUGCCUAUGACACCGCAAUCCGAGAUAGCCUUACAAUAUGCGUCACAUACGUCCAGUUUUACAAAAGCCCAGAUCUAGGGGUCACAUAUCUGUCAGCCUGAAGGCCAUCGAAAAUACUCCCAAGAUCUAGCAUCUUGGUAUUAAAUCUGCAUACUCCAAAAUAUUAUUUCCAUCACCAUGGGUAUACGCUGCAAAACGAGAAGGUUGGUUUCAAAUACGUUGUUCUCCAAGGGUCCGAUCUCCAAGGCUGGCUCUUGCUCCAUCGAGCAGUACGCCGCCAAAAAGGACCCUUUUCGAGUAGGCCCAACAGGCAAGAUCCCCACUCCCUGGCCCUAUGGCCGUAAAGUUGAAGCUUUUCAGUAUCGAGUGGGAUUGGAUGUGUACGAUAAAGCUCUCGAGAAAAGAGUUUUAAACGCACUGAACAAAUUCGGGAUCCAAUUCAGCACUGCAGGUGUCCAGAACCUGUACCAGCGAGGUUUUCCCGAGGCAGCAGAGGAUAUUAGCAUGCAAACUCGAGAUACGGACACCACCCGCUGGCAAGAAGCCGUUGACUACAUUUACGAGAUGGUGAAGGACGCUGCUGCGGUACGGAUUGCAACAGCCGAAGUCGGGGAGCACAAGUUCUCAGACAUCGAUGACAUCGAACGACCAACAGUUAUCGUAUUCGUCGCGCCAGGCUCCCUGGCCCACUGGGCUGAAGUCGAAGCUCAGAUCCACCAGACAAUCGAAGCUGUCCCCUUUGAAGGGGAUGUUGAAAUCGCACUAGAGAUCCUACCCAGCUUCAACGUCCCAUCCACAGGACCCUCGACAGCAGAUACACCAACUACUAGAAAGCCCAUCCGUAUCCCCCAUCCCGCCCUCAGCCACAGCCACACCGGUUCACCAGCAAAACGUUUCCGGAAUGGGACGCCUCUACACAACGCCUCCGGGCUGGACGCCGCGCUCUGCCGACUACCCGACCGGUACUGCGCGCGCCUGCGGUUGUAA